AAACAAUUCGCAAGACGCACGUGUAGCGCCUAAGGGGAGGAAUUUUUAAAACGUUUUAUCAUUCUAUAUGUCAGGAUGUUAGAUGAUCUAUUUAGUGAACAAUUUGUAUGCAAUUUCAAUGAUCAAUCGAAUUUAUUCGAUAACAAUGCUCAACUGCAGCAACUAUGGAAUCGUCCAGAACUGUGGACAGUGACAGAGUUGGAAGUGAUAAUUGGACGCUGGUUAAACCAAAAGAAUACCACCGAAUCGCAGCAAUUGUUAAGUGAUGCUCUGCAGUUGAUUUUUGCCUUUGUGCAGAAUAAUUUUUGUGGUCCCUUUGACCAGAUACCGGCAUGUCAGAAUAUGUUGUCGAAAUUGCCAUUGAAAGCAUACGAUCCCCUUGAGCAACUCAAGGCCAGCGGCGAAGAGCUGAAUCCGAAUGUCAAGACUGGUGAAUUUUUAGUCAUUGCCAGAGAAAUCUUAAAGACUUUAAUUGAAGCCAAUCCCAAUUCGAGAAUUCUCAACUGGUGGCAAUUGCGUGUUAUUUGCCUGCAGCAGCAUAUUCUUGAUGACCUGGCCGGAUCACUAUAUGAGCAAUUCAAAUCACUUGCUACGACCCUAAAGGCUCAGAUAAAAAGUUUUACCAGCCCAGAGUUGCAGUCAUUGUUGUUUUUAGAACUGGCCAAUGGCUAUUUGCAAUUCCAUCGUUCUAAUAUCGCUGCAGAUAUUCUAGAUGAAAUGUGUACGCAUCUUCGAGUGGAAUUGAAAGUGGAGGGUUUACUUGGAGUGCGAACGAAAUUUCAGCAAAAGCCUUUACCCCAACUCUGUUUGAAGGUAGUGCAGCUGGCAGAAGGAGAGCCAACAUUGCCGCUGGCUGUCACCACCAACGCCAAGACAAAGCUACCCAAACUGCUAUUACUUGAGGAUGACACACGAUUGGAGCGCAUUCGAUUCAUAGAGCCCAAGGACAAUGAUGUGAUGACUCUUCCGAGUAUAUUGCAGGCUCUAGUCUUGGCAAAAGUAAAACAAUUGAAACGUUCCCAGCCCAAGGAUCGUUUGGCUGAUGAGCAAUUGGAGCCGUAUACACAAACACUUCUAUAUCAAGAGCAUGGUCCAUUGCAAGUGCGUCAGGCUGCUUUGCUUUUGAAUUGCCACCAAGAGGCCAAUCAACGACGCACAGUGGAACGUAGCUGGAAACAGUGCGAGGAGUGCGUGAAAUUAUUAGAUGCCAAUGAAGAGCAACAUUCCCUGAGAUCGAGACUAUCGUAUGGAUUUGCUACCUUCUUGCAGCCUAAGUGGCAUGUGCAGCUGCAACUUGUGGAAUUGCUGCGCUCCUUGGGCAUGACCAAGAGUGCGCUAGAUAUUUGUUUGCAAAUACAAGCCUGGUCCGAAGUUAUAGACUGCUAUACGAGUCUAGAGUUGCGCCACAAAGCUGCUGAAAUCAUACGUCAAGAGUUGGAAAAGAAACCAACUGCUUUGCUCUAUUGCUUGCUGGGCGAUGCCAUUGAUGACCCACAGUGCUAUGAGCAGGCCUGGCAGCAUUCGAAGCAAACCUCGGGCAAGGCUCAGGCAUAUUGGGGUAAUUAUUUCUAUAGACGAGCCGAAUAUGCCCAGGCCAUGGAACACUAUGAAAUCUCUCUGGAGAUAAAUGUACUACAAGAGCCAAUACUUUUGCGUUGUGGUUACUCGGCCAUUCAGUUGGAGAAAUGGGAAUCAGCUGUAAAGUAUUAUCUAGCCUAUACGCAUUUGGAACCGAAUGGAUUCGAGUCGUGGAACAAUUUAGCGAAGGCUUUAAUCAAUUUGGGAGACAAGCAGCGGGCUUAUCGAGUCUUGGGAGAGUCUCUCAAAUGCAAUUAUAGCAACUGGAAGGUCUGGGAGAAUUAUAUGUUAGUUUCGGUGGAUACCUCACACUGGGAAGAUGCCAUGCGUUCGUAUCAACGUCUGAAUGAACUCAAGCAACAUUAUCUGGACCAGGAAGUUCUCACACGAAUCGUUUAUGGCAUUGCCAAACAGCUCCAGGACGAGAAGGAGGCGGGAGUGUCAUCAAGUCCUACGCUUUUGAAGCGAAUCGUUCAGCUUUUAGCUCAGCAGAGCAUACAGCAUGGCAAUGAACCUCUUAUUUGGGAACUAUCUGCGUUGGUAGCCGCUACGCCCCUGAAAAAGGCCGAGCGUUUGGUGAAAUCUUAUCGGGCCUAUACAGCCAAACAUUUGUCGUGGGAAACCAAAUCCGAACAUUCGCUAAAGGCUUUAAAUCUUUGCCUCGAGGUCACACAUCUCUCCCGUGCUGCCAUAGAAGAGCAUGUCGAGGAUGAGAGCGAGGUGAUGAUUACAUCGCAACUGAAUUCUGCAAGACUUGCUGCCACAUCAUGUCUGAGUGCCUUGAAGCGGGCUAUCAAUGUGGAGGUUACGACCGAACAGCAGGAUUUAGUGCAGCAAGUGGAAAAACAAAUCGCAGAACUCACCCAGGUGGUGCAGGAGCGUAUGAAGAGGACGUAACCUAAUCGGCAAAUCGAUUUCAAAUCACAUUUCUGGUCUGCCUCUCUCGCUCUCAUUGUGAUAAUGGACUGCUUUAUUUCAUGAUGAUGAUCAUCGCUAAGCGAACAAGGAGAACUUCAAAUAUUAUACAAAUUAUCAUCUGCACUGGAGUACCAUUCCAAAUGGCAAAACUUGAAAACUUCGCCUACUUGGCCAAGUUAAUAAGCCCCUUGCAAACUCUGCAUUUGGUAUAAAAUAAAAAAAUAAAACUCAAGUAACAAUA